AUGUUGUUCGGAAACCCUCAAGCAAAUAUGGAAAACGUGCCAGUGCCAAAGCUGCAAAUAGUGAUCAACAAAAUGCAGGUUAGUAUACGAGAACUACCUGCCUCGAACGGAAAUCCUUACGGCAUUUUAUAUGAAGCGGAGUUACGCCACUUCCACGAAGCCUUACAAUCUAAGUUCAAUGAACCUCUGACUUUUACAUCUAAUAUUCUAAUGCACGGUGUCGAUUGGCAAGACUUUAGCCCACCAGCAGAAAUCCUAUCUGGGAUUGGAGAUUUCAAUGGCUCCAAAUGGGGUAUGCCGAAAGUCUCUACAAUAAUCACGAGAUCUAUAAGUGAAGCUGUGUCCCGCAAAACGUUGGGACUUCUCGAAGCUGCAUCUCAAUCAAACGAGUCGACUAGUAUAUCAGCUCCCGGCAAAAGUCCCCAAGUUUCCAGUUCAUCCAAUGUCACCGUAGCAGGUCCGUCAUCAAGACCAAAGCCUCCAACAGUUGCAACAGACAAAGACACUUCAAGUAUUGAGGGAAAACGGCCGUCUCGAGUAAACAGUCAACUAUCAACGGAGACUAGUACGACAUCUGAUUCGGGGUAUAUUUCUGCUGUAGACAGAUCUCACUCAGAGUCAGGUUCAAGGCUUUCUCGUCGGGGAUAUAGCAAAUUUGCCCCUCUUGCUAGGUUUGUAAAAAUGCUUAAGAAGAGACAGGAUAAGGGCAAAUCAGUAGUUGCAGAGCCUAUAAGAGAAUGUGUCUCAUGUUUGGAUGAUUUUCCAGUGAGUGACAUGGUUCAUGUGCAGUGCCACGACUAUUGCAAAGAUUGUUUCGAGAGACUAGUCGUUACUGCCAUAGAAAUAGAGUCGAUGUGGCCUGUUAAGUGCUGUCUCAACGAUAUACCACAUACGGUCAUUCUAAAAAAUAUCAAACCAGACCUAGCAAAAACAUUUCAACUGAAGGUUUCGGAGCGAGAGAUCGCUGCAGGCGACCGGAUCUAUUGUGUUAAGCCAAGGUGUGAACAGUGGAUUCCCAACAAUUGGAUCAACAAAGGCCUCAAAUGCGCAUCUUGUCCUUCUUGCAAAACAAAACUGUGUAUCACUUGCAGAGGUCCAUGGCACGAAAAGAUGGAGUGUCCUCAGGACAAAGAUUUUCAAGCUACAGUCAGGUUAGCAGAUGAGCGAGGGUGGAAGCAAUGUUAUAAUUGUAGGAUUUUCAUCGAAUUUGUCAAAGGCUGUAGGCAUAUGAAAUGCCAUUGUAGAGCCGAAUGGUGUUACGUUUGUUCUGCCAAAUGGAAGACCUGUGAAUGUACAGAAUUUGAACUUGAUAGGUUAGUACUAAACUUGCAAUUGAGACAAGAAGCUGCUACUCGAGAAACGCAGUUACAGGAAUUAAUAACUAGGCAAGAAGAAGAAAGAAUCAGGCGGGAGGCUGUAAGAAUCAGGAAAGUGGCUGAAGAAGAACGCAUUGCUAUUCAAAUGGUCGAGGAUUUUGAGCGACGAGAGGCCGAAGAAGUAGGAGGAGAAGCCGAACGUGUUUUUCAAUUGGAAGAAGCCAUUCUGCGUCGCCGAGACGAUACAAGAAUUGCAGAAAUAGCUUCCAACUUCAUCGAAAUAAGAGAGGAGCUGAAUGUGUUACAUCGUUCACAAAAAUCACGUCUUGCCACUCGCUCGCAGGAGGAAUUUAAAAUGUUACAAGAACGAGAAGAUGGGUUCUACAAGCUACUACGUCGCCAUUCAAGCCAACAUGACCAGUUAAAGAAGGAAUACGAAACAGAAUACACGAACCAAGAGCUUCGUUUCCGAAACGAAUACGAUCAGCGUCGGAAAGAGGAAAUCCGUGCUGUGCAGGAAAAUACGGAAAAGCUCGAAGCAUUCUGGAAAGACAAACCGGAUGCAGUAUACAAUAUUGGAGCUGCGAAGGAUUCACACAAGGAAGGUUAUAUUUUAGCGUUCAGAAACUGGGACUACAACAGGAAAAUCGCUCUACAUGAGUGCACCAAGAAUUUCGAGUCAAGAAGGACAUCUCUGACGAGUUCCCAAAUUUUGGAGGAUGCCGAAUUCAAGCAGAAAAUGCGAGAUGAGUGGAGAGAGUGGGCAAGAAAUAAGGUCGCCGAGGUCCGAUGGUUUGACGCUGUCAUUGCUGAGCGAGAACAUGUGUUACAAACUCUAGAGAAUGAGCAGUAUACAAUGGCCACAGCGGAGUCUGAAAGAGGCAGAGCAUUUUAG